GCCUAUCACAGAACCCAAGAAGGAUCUCCACCUCCUCCAAGAAUCACCCAUCACCGGACACAAAGCAAAACAAGAACAGAAUGGCGCCAACAACCGUAACAGUCCUCUACCCCUCCACCAGCACCUUCGACAUGACCUACUACAAAUCCACCCACAUGCCGCUGGUCCAGAAGUCCUGGGGCCAAUACGGCCUGCAGUCCUGGCGCAUCAUCCAGCUCGCUCCGGGCGCUCCAUACUCCGUGCAAGCGAUCCUCGAAUUUUCCUCUGCGGAAGAUCUUCAAAAGGCCCAGGCCAGUCCCGAGGCGAAGGAUGUCAUGGAGGACAUCCCCAAGUUUUCGAGCGAGAAGCCGGUCUUCUUGGGUGGCGAGUUGGCGUUCACGCAGGCCGACGUGUGAGUUCGCUUGGAAAGGGUUGGAGGAAGACAGCGAAGGACGGAGCGAGAGAAAGAAGUCUUGACGGAAUCGAAUUGCAUCGGAUUGGUCAUGGAUGAAGUCUUGAACUGUUUUACUGUCGCGAGCCCGAAAGCCCAAAUGAGAUCAAUCCGGGUAUGCCAAUUCUGUAGGACUUUGGUUUCCUGCAUCGGUAUAAGCAGUCUGUGGACGUGACUGUUCGAACUCUCGUCGUGCGUGACCUUAAUGUACGAAAAUGAAAUUGCACAGAUUAUCCCGGGCUGGAUUCAGAAGUAUGCGAAACGAAGUCAAACGGUGCCUCAUCAUUGCCCAAAGGAGGAGCGGCAUUAUCAGACGGAUUAUGAAUAGAAGGAAUAGAUAUCAUUUUCCCCCCGAGAACUGCAAUCUCCUCACAAAAGAAUUGUCCCUAGUACGCGAGCAUCCAGUACGAAA